GCCCCUCCACGCCUUACCGCACCGAGCCACAGAUCGAGACCGUCCUUCUACUUGUUCGUACCAAUCGUGGCAGUGUCUUGAGACAGUAUUUGUGCUUUUUAUACUCCAAAUCAUCUGUUCCAAGUGAUAAACUUAAACGUUUCUUGUGCUGUGACAAAAGCCGGAUUGAGAAUCAAAUGGUCGUGUUGGAGAAUAGCGACAUCAUGACUUCGCCCUCCGGACACCAGUAUCUUCAGCCCGACUACCUUUCACCUCUUCCGACAACCUUGGACGCGAAAAAAAGCCCGUUGGCGUUGUUGGCUCAGACUUGCUCGCAGAUAGGCGCCGAUUCGCCGAGCACGAAGCCGUUGUUGCCUUCUCUGGACAAGCCGAAAAAAUCUACCGAGCGCUCUUCGGCGACUCCUCCCAAGUCCCACGACCUUUCCGCCUCAUCCAAAAACGGCCUGGCGUUCAAGCCGUACGAGGCGAACGUCUUGACGAAAAAGAACGAGACGCCGAGGCCCGCCAGCAAGCCUUCGUCGGAGCCCGAGGAGAAGAGGAGGACGCCCAGCCGCAAAUCCGCAUCGCCGAAAGACGGAAAAUCGCCUUCGUCGGAUAAGAACGCAGACAAGUCGUCUGACAGCGGAGCCAGCCCGAUAAUCCGUUCCGGCCUGGAAGUGCUGCAGGGGCACCCGAAAGACUUGCCCCUCGGGUUCAAGCCGCCUUUGGGCCCGCUCGGCCUGCCUCCGGGCUGCUGUCCGCCCGGUUUGGAAGCAAAUCCCGCAUUCCGACCUCCUUUGGCAGGACACAUGAUGUACCCGGGGCCGUACAUGAGCUACGCCAGAGUGAAGACACCCGGCGGCGGAGAGGCACUCGUUCCCGUCUGCAAGGAUCCUUACUGUGGUGGCUGUCAAGUGGGAAUGCACUCCGCUCUUAUGGGCGGGACCUGCCCGAGCGGAUGUACUCAGUGCGAACACCAAAAAUACCUUAUAUCGUCCUUAUUGCCUCCUCACCCGUUGGCCUACGUAGGCAGGCCGUACGUCUGUAACUGGAUUUCCGGAGAGUCCUACUGCGGAAAGAGGUUCACAUCAUCCGAAGAGUUGCUCACACACCUCAGGAGCCAUACGGCGGACACCUCUCUGCUGAAUCCUCUGCGUUACCCCAACCCUCCGCUCAGCCCGCUCUCCGCAGCUCGAUAUCACCCGUACGGCAAACCUGGAGCCCUGCCGACAUCACUCCAGUCGCCGUUCAGUGCUUUCAACCCGACCCUCGCACCGUACUAUUCGCCUUACCUGUACGGCCAAAGGAUAGGAGCGGCCGUUCACCCCUGAUCUUCUCCCCGUAAAACACCCCCCUGUGAUAUCAGUGCAAAAGUGACUACCCCUUAGUGCGUCUGUCUCUAUGUGUGCUCUUCAUUCGUCCAAUUUUGACAAACAAUUAAAUUUAAAAAAAUUUAGUCCUUAUUUGUCGUUUUGUAAAUAUUGAAAAAUGGGAUAAAAAGAGUG